CUACAGGAAGAGGGUAAUGACAUGGGCCUACAGGGAGAGGGUAAGGGCCUACAGGGAGAGUGUAAGGACCUACAGGGAGAGGGUAAGGACCUACAGGCAGAGGGUAAUGACCUACAGGCAGAGGGUAAAGACAUGGACCUACAGGAAGAGGGUAAGGGCCUAAAGGGAGAGGGUAAGGGCCUACAGGGAGAGGGUAAGGACAUGGGUCUACAGGGAGAGGGUAAGGACCUAUAGGGAGAGGGUAAGGGCCUACAGGGAGAGGGUAAGGACCUACAGGGAGAGGGUAAGGGCCUACAGGAAGAGGGUAAGGACAUGGGUCUACAUGUAGAGUUUGGAUUGCCAUUUCAGAUCAACAUUUCAUCUGUGUUCCAAAGACAUUCAGUAGGUUGUAGAAAGUUUUUUUUUGGUUGAGGACUAAUGAUUAAAGAACAGCCCAACCAACUAAUAUAGAGAAACAUCACAACUUUUCUACAUCUAACACUGCUCAUAACUGUGGUUCAGAGUUCCAGCCCCUACCCUCUCCCCCUCGCUCCUCUCUGCCCUCUCCCCCUCGCUCCUCUCUGCGCUCCGGCCAAUCUCCAACCCACUCCAGAGACCGAGGCCGGGUGACCUUCGCUCAGGACUGUCGCAGUGACAACACCACCUCUGAUAUGUCAACACCUGACCCGCAGAACCUCCAGCCCAACCUUCAGCCUAACCUCCAGCCCAACCUCCAGCCCAACCUCCAGCCCAACCUCCAGCCUAACCUCCAGCCCAACCUUCAGCUCAACCUCCAGCCUAACCUCCAGCCUAACCUCCAGCCUAACCUCCAGCCCAACCUCCAGCCCAACCUCCAGCCUAACCUCCAGCCUAACCUUCAGCUCAACCUCCAGCCUAACCUCCAGCCUAACCUCCAGCCCAACCUCCAGCCCAACCUCCAGCCCAACCUCCAGCCCAACCUCCAACCGUAUGAUACCCAACUGGGCAGGGGACAUGCACCGUGGACCCCUCCAUUGGGGACAGACCCAGAGCCACAAGACCCAGUACAGGCCCCAAAAGCCUGGGCCCCUGAGUGCAGCCAUGCCCAUUGGCCCUCCCUCUCCUCCAGCUUGACUCCAGUACUCCAGCCCCUGGCUCCACCUCCCAGAGAUACAGACUUGGAGUCCCGGACCAGCAGACUGCUGAGGCUCCCCUCAGACCUGUAUGUAGCCACUCACCGAUCAGACGACUCCACUGUCCUUCGGCGGUUCUCUGAAGGGGCCAGUCGGUGCCAGAGUCCAGCCCCACGGAGUGUCUCUGUGGACAGGCUGCUGGAUCACCAGAGCCCCAGGCUUCAGCAGGCCUCCAGGAUACAACAUGGAGGAUCUCCCCAGAGACAGAGCAUGGAGCAGGGCUGUCUGGCUGCUCUUACUCCCCCUGGUCCGGUAGACUACACUGGGCAGACUGCCGGGUCCUGUCUCUACUCUCCCUCUGGUCAGAGCUCCAGACGAGGGUUUAGUGACUACCUCUCUGUACCCAGGACUCCAUCACCUCAGCCUGGGGUGGCAGAGCUCUCCUCCUCCCUGAGAGGACUCCUGAACCUGGUGGAUCAGCACUGGGCUGGCACACGCUCCCUACACCUCAACCCCAGCUUCCUGGGUCAGGCCUACGACCUGCUCUCUGCCCUGGGAUCACCUCCUGCUACAUCCUGUCUGACAGAGACAGAAGAAAAGAGAGAAGGACAGAACAGAGGAGGACAAGAACAGAGUGAGAGUCAUGUUGAUGUGACUCCACAGUGCAGUGAGGUAGCUCUCCUGAAGAGGAAGCUGUCCUUCACACAACAGCAGCUGGAAUCCCUGAAGAAAAGGCUUGUCGAGGCACUGAAAGAAAACUACAACUUGAGACUAACCAGCCUGAAGCAGGACUCCUCUACCACUGCAGAGACCAACUGUGGCAGGCAUUGGGACAGGUGUCUACAGAGACAGGUGCUAGCUCUGAGAGAGCAGGAGACACACCUGAGACAGCUGGAGCAGACCAUUGUGCUUCUACAGGGCAAGCACAGGUCUUUGGUGUCCAAUAAUAACUCUCUGUUGGGACAUCUAAAUGAACACAUAACAGAACAAACAGAGCCCAGAGUCCAGAGAAUCCAGCCAGCAGACUAAUCUAAUGAGUUCAACAUUGAACAUCAAUUCAAGCCUUUGACAAGAUUGUACUGCGUUCUAAUGAAUAGAGCCUACUCUGUAAACGUCGUAGGCUAUGUUUGGCAUACUGUGAAAUUACACUGAACAUGUAUUUGUAAUAUACAUGCUUUUUAUAUGCACUCAAAUGUAUUUAUCAACAACAACAAAAAUGAAUUCUAAAGAAAGAUAACGUUAGUUAUCAUAAUACACUUUUCUGUAUUGUCAUUUGUGUACUUAGAUGAUAAUAAAGCGAUGUUUUUUCACA